GGCAACGAUGGACAGGCUGUCCCACAUGGGGAGCCUGAGCAUGUGAGCAUGCACACGGAAGCGUCAAGCUAAGCUUCACACCCCAGCAGGUCCCUGAGCAGGCGGGCGCCAGGCGCAGGCCCUGUUCUAGAAGCCAUUCCCAACAUCCAGCCGCAGUUCGCGGUUAACUUCAUGAACUUCUUCUAACAGUUGGCUGGUGCAUACGUUCCACCACCGCCACCGCCAGUGGCUGUCGUCACUAUCGAGAAGCUCCGGAAGAAUGGAGCUGAGUAAUUCCUAGGCGAUCAGAUCGCCGACCCCAUGAUCGCCAAACGGUGGUUUGAGCGAACCACUCGAGUUUUGGGAAACCUGAGGGUCCCGCUGAAUCAGCGCGGCGACCUCGCAGUCGCAUUAAUUCAGGAUUCCGCCUACGACUGGUGGAAACGCGUGGGAGCAGACGUCCCUGAGCCCGUGCAGUGGGCCACUUUUGAGCAACUCUUCCCUGAAGAGUACAUUCCGGAGCACUUCGUCGAGGCGAAGCGAGAGGAGUUUCUGAAGUUCACCCAGGGUGAACUCACUUUACCCGAGUAUCGUCAGAAGUUUGACGAGCUUGCAGGGUUUGGGCAAGACCUCAUCCCAACCAUGGAGAAGCGGUGCAAGCGCUUUGUGGAGGGUCUACGCCCCGACUUAUCAGCUCAUUUGAUCACUGCUCCUCGGGUCGACAUUAACGCACUGUUCAAACAUGCAUUGGACAUGAAUGCGGCCC